AUGCAGUAUAAAAGUCUAGAGGAGAAAAAGAAGCAAUAUGUUCCGGGCGGAAAUUUUCUCGGCCUCAUGCGGAUCUUUCAAAUGCUUGUUGGAUGCCUGGCAUGGUUUGUCCCGGGAAUUAUUAUAAUGGAGAAUCCGCAGUUAAAUCCGCUUUAUGGAACUGGCAUCUUCUAUACAUUCGUUCUCGCUGGAAUCAUCAGCUGGCUCCUACCCUGCUUUAAAAUCCUCUCCAUCGUUCCGUGGCCAAUUAGCGCUGGUCCAGAAUCAAUGAUCUGCCUGAUCGCCGGUUUUUUCUCGGUCUUGUCCGGCAUCGCCAUUUGCAUCGGCCAGAAUGAUAUUCAGCCCUAUAUUCUCAAAAUCGCCCUUGUGCUCAAUGUGAUUCAUUCGACGAUUUUGUACGGAACUCCUGUUGUGAUCUGCAGCCAAAGUGCUUUUAGAUUCUUUUUCAUAUCCGAUACUGACCUAACGACCAUGCAGGCUUUCAACAACAUGGAAGCACGGGAGCGCUACGAGCGAGACAUGGAACGAGCGAGCAUCGUCAAGAAUUAUGAAGUUUCUGAAGACAACCACGGCCAAUCCUUGAACAUUUCCUCGGCUGGUUAUAAAAAAGUUGUGGUAAAGGCAGAACCUAUCUUUGAAGACAUGAACGAAUAA